AAAUCACAGCAACGGAAGGCGACGAAAGGCGUUAUCCUCAGUGAAGACCACUAAACCCUCAUUCACGGCAGUGCCACCACGUGUCAUCCGAAACUUCCACUGACAUCAGAUAGCCCCCUAUCUCCCACAUUAGUCUAUAUUUCAUUAUCUCUCUCUCUCUUUCUAUAUAUAUAUAUAUAUAUAUCUAGUUAUUGUCAUCGUCUACUCAGCAUAUCCCAAAAGGUUCGUGUCCAGUCCUCGAAAUGCGUAAUUCAUCAUCAUCAUCUCUCUAUAUAUAGAAUAUAGCAUAGAAUCUACCAAUCCACACCAAAAAAAAAAACCUAACCUAGAACUUAAAGUGUAGUCGGAGAUGGAUCACGCAGCGGAUGCUCUGAGGACCGAUUUGAUGACGAUUACCCGGUUCGUGCUGAACGAGCAAUCGAAGCACCCGGAGUCACGCGGCGAUUUCACCAUCUUGCUCAGUCACAUUGUUCUUGGUUGCAAGUUUGUUUGCUCUUCUGUCAACAAGGCGGGUCUUGCUAAACUCAUUGGACUUGCUGGCGAAACCAACGUGCAGGGUGAAGAGCAAAAGAAACUAGAUGUGCUUUCAAAUGAAGUUUUCGUCAAGGCCUUGGUCAGCAGUGGCCGAACAUCCAUCCUUGUCUCUGAAGAGGAUGAGGAGGCAAUAUUUGUUGAGGCACCCAAGCGCGGGAGGUACUGUGUUGUUUUUGAUCCACUAGAUGGGUCCUCUAACAUUGAUUGUUCUGUUUCCAUUGGAACGAUCUUUGGGAUUUAUAUGUUGAAAGAUGGUGGAGAACCAACUUUAGAUGAGGUGCUGCAACCUGGAAAGAAUAUGCUGGCUGCUGGAUAUUGCAUGUAUGGAAGCUCUUGCACGCUUGUGUUAAGCACUGGAGAGGGUGUUAAUGGAUUUACUCUUGAUCCAUCUCUUGGGGAGUUUAUACUCACUCAUCCAGACAUUAAGAUUCCUAAAAAAGGAAAGAUCUACUCAGUAAAUGAAGGAAAUGCCAAGAAUUGGGAUGGUCCAACAACUAAGUAUGUUGAAAAAUGCAAGUUCCCUACGGAUGGAUCAUCAUCAAAGUCUCUAAGAUACAUUGGAAGCAUGGUGGCUGAUGUCCAUCGCACGUUACUUUAUGGUGGUAUCUUUUUGUACCCUGCUGAUAAGAAAAGCCCCAAUGGAAAACUGAGGGUUCUCUAUGAAGUCUUCCCAAUGUCAUUCCUGAUGGAACAAGCUGGAGGUCAGGCAUUUACGGGCAAGCAACGGGCACUUGACUUGGUUCCAAAGAAGAUACACGAGCGAUCUCCUAUAUUCAUGGGUAGUUAUGAUGAUGUUGAGGAUGUCAAAGCACUCUAUGCUGCUGAAGAGAACAAGUAACAUGUGACUGCAUUUCCAUUUGGUGCUUGUGCAGAUGAUGUCGAGGAUAUUCUAGUGUUUCAACUUGGUAACUUAUUAUUUUUCUCUAUUUAACAAGUCAAAACCAUCCUGAUUUUCCUUGUAAUUGAAUAAUACAGUCAUUGAUGGAAAUUUGGGGAUGAUGAUUUCAUGUUUCUUGAUUAUAGCUGAUCAGUGAAUGUUUGCAAUGAACAAAAGAAUUCAAGCAUAAACACGACCAUGUGCAUAACUUGACAUGAAAACAUUAUAAUUUUCAUAAUAUCUGUUUCAUUUC